AUGUGGUUUCCAAUUUUACUUCUUUUGGCGCUGUCCAAAAUUGUUACAGCAGACGAUGGAACUACAACCGUUACUCUGACCGUAACUCCGACUGUCACUGGGACAGUCACAGUGGGAUAUAAUGAAGCUAUAUAUGAAACCGCCUACAUUUAUACUACAAAUGGAGUCCUCACCACGCAAACCAUUAUUGGAAGUACUGCUUCCAUAUUGGCUACAGCAACCACCUCAGAAACUGAUUCUACAACCGCUUCACAAAGCACAAUUGUGGAAAUCGUUUCUGGUUCACCUACAGGAAGUGGAUCUUCCGCUGCAAGCUCUUUAACCUCCUCGUCAAGUGCCACGUCAGUUGCUUCAGCUGCUUCUUCCUCUUUAAGCUCUACUGCUUCUGGUGCAAGCUCAAGCAAUUCGAUAAGCUCUAGUUCCGAAGUUGCUUCUGAUUCAGCUAUUCCUUCCAGCUCAAGUGUCAGCUCCAGCUCCACAGUCUCUUCUGCUUCAAGUGAAAGUAGCUCAAUCGGUUCCAGCUCCGUUGCUCCAUCUAGUUCAAGUGAGAGCAGUUCAACCGGUACCAGCUCCACGGUCUCUUCUGCUUCAAGUGAAAGUAGUUCAGCCGGUGCCAGCUCUAUUGUCCCAUCUGCUUCAAGCAGCUCCUCAGUUGAUUCCAGCUCUGCUGUGGCUUCUUCUGCCAUCUCAAGCGAUUCUGUGGUAUCUAGCUCAACCUCAGUUUCAACUACUGAAGCAACUGCGAAGACUUCUGGCACAGCUUCUGUCUCUAGUUCUGGCGCCAUUGCAGUCUCGACUUCUGCAGAAGCAGCCGUCACCACCAGCUCGCCAUCUUCAAGCUUGACAAAGACUCCACAUAUAGUAUCGACUGGAUACUCUACUACCACUUCAGUCAUUGAUGGAACAUCAUAUGUGAUUGACUUUGUUGUCCUCUACAACGAUAACUGUUAG